AUGUCUACUCAUACCUAUAAGAAGUCUGAGGACCCACAUAGUGGGUCGCUACCAGAUAAAAUGGCUAUUUACCAGGACUGUUUGAACAGGUUCAACGAAUCGCCAGUGAACCCGAAAUUGUGCCGUACUCUGAUCACUAGUUUGCUCGAGUUGUUGUCGCAUGGAGAGACUUUCCCAAGGCAGGAAGCGACGGCGUUGUUCUUUUCGAUUUCGAAAUUGUUCCAGCACCCCAAUGACUCGCUUAGACAGAUUGUUUACGUGGCAAUCAAGGAAUUGUGCGGGAUCUCUGACGAUAUUUUAAUGGCUACGUCUUCGAUCAUGAAGGAUGUUCAAAACGGGUCAGAUUUGGUGAAACCCAAUGCUAUCAGGGCAUUGAUCCGUGUGCUAGACGAGUCUACUGCGUUUUCUGCUGAAAGAUUGUUGAAGAACUCGCUUGUGAGCAAGAACCCAUCUGUUUGUUCUGCGUCGCUUGUUAGUUCGUACCAUUUGCUACCGAUUGCAGAGGCGACGGUGAAGCGUUUUGCCAACGAGACACAGGAGGCUGUGGGCGACUUGAAGCAGUUGCCAUUUUCGGAUGAGAAUAGCAGGUACUAUCCAACGCCAUCGCACAUUUCGCAGUACCACGCGUUGGGGUUAUUGUACCGGUUGAAGAACCACGAUAAGAUGGCGUUGAUCAAGUUGAUCCAGCAGUUUUCGGGCCACAGCUCGCCAUUGAAGAACGCGUUGGCUCAGGUCCAGAUGGUAAAGAUUGUGCACAAUUUGGUCUUGAAGGACCCUCACUUGAUUCCUCAGUUCUUGCCGCUUGCUGCUAACUGGUUGCAGAACAGACACGAGGCUGUUGCCUUGGAAGCGUGUAAGCUUGUGACGUCGCUAUCGAACCUGGUGCCCAACGAGCUAUACGUUGGAGCGAUCUCCGUGUUGCAAGGGUUCCUAUCGACGCCUCGCGUCGCCACGAGGUUUGCUGCUGUGCGUUUGUUGAACAGAAUCUCGAUGGUCUCGCCCGAGAAGAUUGUUGUUUGCAAUCCAGAGCUCGAAUCCUUGGUCAACGACAGCAACAGAAACAUUUCUACAUACACGAUAACCACGUUGUUGAAGACUGGUACCGACAAGAACAUCGGCUCGUUGAUCAAGACCAUUACGAAGUUUAUCCACGAGGUCAACGACGACUUCAAAGUUAUCAUCAUCGAGGCUAUCAGAACGCUAUCGUUGAAGUUCCCUGAAGAAUGCGACACGAUCUUGCACUUUUUGAUCGAGUCCUUGCAAUCUGCUGAGGGAAGCUUACAGUUCAAGAACAGCAUCGUGGAGGCUUUGAUCGAUUUGAUCCAGUUUGUGCCUCAAUCCAAGGAGAAGGCUUUGGAAGAGCUUUGCGAUUUCAUCGAGGAUUGUGAGUUCAACGAGAUUCUAGUGAGAGUGUUACAUCUUUUGGGUAAAGAGGGUCCAACCACGAAGAACCCAUCGUUGUACGUGAGACACAUUUACAACAGAGUCAUUUUGGAAAACUCGGUGAUCAGAUCUGCCGCUGUGGUUGCGCUUUCCAAGUUUGCCCUAGUGAAGAACGACCCGGAGUUGGUCCAUAGUAUCGAGCAGCUAUUGGUACAAAUCAAGACCGAUCCUGACGACGAGGUGAGAGACAGAGCAUCUAUUGCGUUGGAAUUCAUCGAGUCCGUCAAGGCCAAGAGCGACGUGGCUCCAAUUGCACAAAACUUUAUCAGACCCUCGACCACAUACGACGUGGCCAGUCUCGAGAACAAGCUUUCGCAGUACUUGUCCCAGGGCCAAGAGGCUUUCCAAGAAGCGUUCGACCCAUCCUCGGUGGCCAAGUACUCUGAGGACGAGUUGAAGGCCUUGAACUUGAAGCGCAGACAAGAGCAAUCGUUGCACCAAGACGGCGAGGGAGGAGCAUCUGCUGCUACCGCAGGCACCACUGGCAGCGGCGCUGGCCACGGGGCCAAGAAGUCCCAUGGCAUCGACUCCUCCACUGGUGACCAUCAUGCUGGAGACGCCGCUACAGACUUCUUUGCCGAUGACGAAGAACAAUCGCAACAGCUCUCGCACUUCGUCACCGAGAUGCUCGAGUUGGAACAAUUCCAAUCCUUCGGCAAGUGCUUGCACUCGUCCAAGAUCGUCCCGCUCACCGAAAUCGAGGCCGAGUUCGUCGUCAAGGGUAUCAAACACUUGUUCAACGACCACGUCGUGCUCCAAUUCCACAUCACCAACACACUAAAGGACAUUGCCCUCGACAACGUCGAGGUAGCGUGCCAGCCCGAGGGACUUUCCGACGGCGCACUUGGCGACACCGAAGAGUUCGUCUUGCCCAUCGAAAGAUUGUUGCCCGACGAAAGCGAGUCGUGCUACGUGUGCUUUGCCAAGUCACACGAUUGUUCUCCUACCGACAUAAUCGUCGAGAGAUUCAGCAACUCGCUCAAGUUCCAGUCAAAGGAAUUGGACCCAUCCACAUCGCUACCCUUCGAAGACGACGAGGGCUUCGAGGACGAAUACGAAAUCGAUCCUUUGUUCCUAAGUCCCGGCGACUACAUGAAACCCUCUUUCGUGAGCGACUUCACAUCUACUUUCGAAGAACUUCCUCACGAGUCUGUCGCAGUCUACAACAUUGUUGAGUCCAACACUUUGCAAGAAGUCAUCGACAAGUUACUCAUCUCUACCGGGGGUCUACCCUUGGACAACUCCCGCAUUGUAUCGCACGACACUACGCAGCAUACGCUCAAGAUCUCGGGCAAGUCCAUUCUCGAUAAUUCCAAGGCACUACUUUCUAUAAAGAUGAUCAAGACAAGCAAGGGAAUUGCUCUAAAGGCCCAGGUCAAGUCCGACAACGAAACUCUAGCCGAGGACCUAGCGAACAAUUUGAUCUAG